CGCUGUUUGUAAAGACGGGAUUUCAGUGCAGUGUGUUCUUGUGGAGCAGAAAGCGCAGAAGCUUCUUCGGCACAUCAGACAUUUUCUUUCCUCCGGAUUCCGAAUACUCGCUUAGCCGGGGCGCGCGCGCUCGAGCGCGAGCGUCCAUUAUCUCCGUCGACGCGGUUAACUCCUGCGACCUUCCUUCCUCCCACCCGCCGCGGGGAGAACCCCGUUCAUCCGCCUUUCGGCUGACACCUCCCCGCUGCAUUCCGGAGCAGAGGAGCCUCGGCAGAGUUCCGGAACCAGCCGAACUACCUGUUUGCUUCCCGGGGAACGAGCGCGCCGCGUGCUCCGUUUUCCAGGACGGGUUGGGACCGCGUCGGUACCGCCGCCGAACACCUGCUGACCUACUUUUGCCGAAGUUGGGCUGAGAAACGGCGUUUUGCGACGGGGAUGAGCGCUGAGGCGGAGGCGGCGGUCACCCCGCGGGCGGACCUCCACUGAGACGGCGGGAAGGAGCGGACGAGGCAGCCGAAGAGCAGAGGGGUCGAGGCGGACGCUGGUGGAGGGGAUGACCGCCUACCUCCACCUGGAGCCCGGGCUGCUGCUGCUGCUGCUGCCGCUGGCCUGCUGGAAGACCCCGGGCUUGGUGGGAGCCACUGUGCCAGCCGCCCCCGUCAACGUGUCGGUGACCCAGCUGAGGGCGCACUCGGCCAUGGUGACCUGGAACGUCCCUCAGGGCGACGCCGUCAUCGGUUACGCAAUCUCGCAGCAGAGGCAGGACGGCCUGAUGCAGCGCUCCAUCCGGGAGGUGAACACGUCCAGCCACUGGUGCGUGCUGUGGGACCUGGACGAGGACACGCACUACAGCGUCCAGGUGCAGUCCAUCGGGUUUCAUGGCGACAGCCAGCCAAGCCGAGCCAUCCACUUCAGGACUCUGGAGAGAACCGACCAUUAUCCAGCCGGAGUCCUUGACCACCAUGAACCGGCGAUGGAGGGUCUGGGCAUGACGCCGCACCUGCAGACCGGGGAGCUGCUCAUCAUCACCACUGUGCUGUUGCUGUGGGCAGCCGUCAUCGCCCUCUUCUGCCGACAGUACGAUAUCAUCAAAGACAACGACUCCAACAGCACCAAGGAGAAGGCCAAGAGGCCGCUGGUGCGCUCCAGCUCCUCCUACUACAACGCCUCGGCCGGCAGCUCGCCUGUCUACCACAACGGCGGCGUGCGCAGCGGCAGGCUGCACAGAGCCUCUUCCUCCAUCAGCAUCAUCAGAGUCUGAGCCCCUCUGGAGGAGCUGCAACCCCACCGAGAAAAUCAUCCAAUCAGAGGCACGCUGCUGCCCCCCGGUGGCCAGAAACCGCCACACCUGAAGGAAGCAGAGAGGCGGGAAAACCUGCUUUGAUGUCAAACAGCUGUGAAUCUUUUUUUUUUAGCAUGUAAGCCUCAAAUUUUCACUUCUGGACUUCUCGUCUCCUUUCAUGUGUUUUCCCUUUACUGACGUACUGGAGGAUUAGGUCAAAGUAUUUCUGAUUUAGAAAUGAACGGAAUCAGUAACAUAGUAAAAAUUAUGUUGAUUUUUUUUUAGCGUUUAGUUAAUAAAACAUGUUUUGCAAAAAAAAAAACUCAUCAAAUUUAAAAACAUUUUAUCACAUUACCAUCAAAACUGUGCAAACUUUUCUCUGUUCAUUUUAAAGAUUUUCAAAAUAAAAUUCACUACCUCAUAUCUGGAUACUAAAAAUAAAAUUACACCUGUGUGUACAGCGGCACUUGGAACUUUAAUUUUCACAUAAUACAACAUUUGAACUUCAUGACACACAUCCUAACGACCGUGUCACACAGCCACUACGUAUAUUUUGCGCUGUAAUUAUUUAAAUUCAUUUGCGUCUGUUUUAGUCAGAAAAGUGGUCACUCUUGGAUUCAAAACGGCCUAAGGUCCAUAGCAACCUUAGAGUUUUUUGCACGUCUGAGGCUAAGAAAUAAGUACAGAAAGUUUUGUGCUUCUACCUAAAAAUAAUUUUUUCAUUUUCCUUAGCAACCAGCGUUUCGGUUUCUAUUCUAAUGUUUAUAAUAGAAAAUGUCAUGCAGCUUUGUUCAGCUCGAUAUGAUCUGUUGGUCACUUACUUUUACUGAAAUAAUGUUACGAUAAACUAAACCAAUACCGAAUUUAUAAGUUAAAACAAAUAUUUGCAAUAGUUUAGCUUAGUUUCAUGUUUUUUAGUAUUUUCAUUGAGUAGCUCCUUUAAGGCUUUUAAAAAAAAAAAA